AUGUUUGAGGUCGGACUUACCGGUGAGUGCCUCCGGGUCUUCGAUGGGGAUGAGUACACCCGUCGUUGUGUUGCCCCUGGCGCCGAACACUGCGACCAUUUCCUUGUUGCUGCCACGUAUAAACGCGAAGCCGACCUUGUCUUUAAGGUCCUUGGCCAGCGCCUUGAGCUUGGUGAGGUAAACGCCCCUCUUGAUGAUGGCUACCACCUUGAGCAACUUGCUCUCUUCGAAGAGGAACUCAUCGAGAUCCAUUCUAUUUGUGAUAAUCGUAAACUCAGACGGCAGUGCUUGGCUGACGAACGCGUCUAG